CUGCAUCAGAGUCCCCGGAGAAAGGACAUCUCGUUCUUCUUCUUGGAUCGAUCUCUCCUCUCACUAACGGGACCAUCUACCCUCAACCAUGGGUGAUGCUCUGAUGGCCGAGUUUGGGAAAGCUGCCCCUUUCCUGAGGAAGUCGGACAAGGAGCGCCUGGAGGCCCAGACCAGACUUUUCGACAUCAAGACCGAAUGCUUCGUAGUGGACGAUAAAGUCGAAUUCAUGAAGGGACAAAUCCUAAGCAAGGACGGAGGCAUGGCGACGGUCAAGAAGGAAGAUGGAACCACGGUAACCGUGAAGGAGUCGGAUGUGCAUCCCCAGAACCCGCCCAAAUUCGAUAAAAUCGAAGACAUGGCGAUGUUCACUUUCCUCCACGAGCCAGCCGUGUUGUUCAACCUCAAAGAGCGUUAUGCUGCCUGGAUGAUCUACACUUACUCCGGGCUCUUCUGCGUUACCGUGAACCCGUACAAGUGGCUUCCCGUCUACGACUCGGAGGUCGUGGCGGCCUACCGGGGGAAGAAAAGAACCGAGGCGCCACCUCACAUCUUCUCCAUCUCCGAUAACGCCUACCAGUACAUGCUGACUGACCGCGAGAACCAGUCUGUCCUGAUCACCGGAGAAUCCGGAGCCGGGAAGACUGUGAACACCAAGAGGGUCAUCCAGUACUUCGCCAGCAUCGCUGCCGUCGGCAAAAGAGACGCCAGCAAAGGCACGCUGGAGGACCAAAUCAUCCAGGCCAACCCCGCGCUGGAGGCCUUCGGGAACGCCAAAACUUUAAGGAACGACAACUCGUCUCGCUUCGGGAAAUUCAUCCGAAUUCACUUCGGUACCAGCGGCAAGCUGGCGUCCGCUGACAUCGAGACGUACUUGCUGGAGAAGUCGCGGUGCACUUUUCAGCUAAAGGCCGAAAGGAACUACCACAUCUUCUACCAGAUUCUGUCCAAUCAGAAGCCAGAGCUGCUGGACAUGCUGCUGAUCACCAACAACCCAUACGACUACUCCUACAUCUCCCAAGGAGAGGUAACGGUCGCCUCAAUCAACGACUCGGAGGAACUGAUGGCCACCGACAGCGCCUUCGACGUUCUCGGCUUCACUGCGGACGAAAAGAUGGGCGUCUACAAACUGACCGGCGCCAUCAUGCACUACGGCAACAUGAAGUUCAAACAGAAGCAGCGCGAAGAGCAAGCGGAGUCAGAUGGAACGGAGGCAGCGGAUAAAUCAGCUUACCUAAUGGGGCUGAACUCUGCCGAUCUCAUCAAAGGUCUGUGCCAUCCCCGAGUCAAAGUCGGAAACGAAUACGUCACGAAAGGCCAAAGUGUGGACCAAGUCUACUACUCUCUCGGUGCUCUUGCUAAGUCUGUGUACGAAAAGAUGUUCAACUGGAUGGUGGUGAGAAUCAACCAAUCCCUGGACACGAAACAGCCCCGUCAGUACUUCAUCGGAGUUCUGGACAUCGCUGGAUUCGAGAUCUUUGACUUCAAUACUUUUGAGCAGCUGUGCAUCAACUACACCAACGAGAAACUGCAACAGUUUUUCAACCAUCACAUGUUUGUUCUGGAGCAAGAAGAGUACAAAAAGGAAGGCAUCGAUUGGGAGUUCAUUGACUUCGGGAUGGACUUGCAAGCGUGCAUUGAUCUCAUCGAGAAACCGAUGGGAAUCCUGUCGAUCCUGGAAGAGGAAUGCAUGUUCCCCAAAGCCAGCGACCAGACCUUCAAGUCCAAGCUCUAUGAUAAUCAUCUGGGCAAGAACAAGAUGUUUGAGAAGCCGAGAGCGACGAAGGGGAAAUCAGAGGCUCAUUUUGCCCUGGUUCACUAUGCCGGCACGGUGGACUACAACAUCGGCAACUGGUUGGUUAAAAACAAAGACCCCCUGAAUGAAACUGUGGUUGGUCUUUACCAAAAGUCCUCUCUUAAGCUUCUCAGUGUGCUGUUUUCGAGCUAUUCGGCGACCGACGGCGGCGACAAAGCCAGCGGAAAAGGAGCCAAGAAGAAAGGUUCCUCGUUCCAGACGGUGUCUGCGCUUCACAGGGAAAACCUGAACAAGCUGAUGAACAACUUGAAGACCACACACCCCCACUUUGUCCGCUGUCUGAUUCCCAACGAGAGGAAAACUCCCGGCGCCAUGGACAACUGCCUUGUGAUGCACCAGCUUCGCUGUAACGGCGUCCUGGAAGGCAUCCGAAUCUGCAGGAAGGGUUUCCCAAACAGAGUACUCUACGGCGACUUCAAACAACGGUACAGGAUCCUGAAUGCCGCGGCCAUCCCCGAAGGGCAGUUCAUCGACUGCAAGAAGAGCGCAGAAAAGUUGCUGGGCUCGCUGGACAUUGACCACACUCAGUAUAAGUUCGGCCACACAAAAGUCUUCUUUAAAGCCGGUCUGCUGGGGACUCUGGAGGAAAUGCGAGACGAGCAACUUUCUCGUAUCAUCACGAGGAUCCAGGCUAACGCCCGGGCGAUCCUCAUGCGUGCGGAGUUCGCCAAGCUUGUUGAACGCAGAGACGCGCUGAUGGUCAUCCAGUGGAACCUACGCUCGUUUCUGGGCGUGAAAAACUGGCCGUGGAUGAAGCUUUUCUUUAAGAUCAAGCCCUUGCUUAAGAGCGCAGAGUCCGAGAAAGAGAUGGCGAAUAUGAAGGAUGAAUUUAACAAGCUGAAGGAAGCGUUAGAGAAAUCCGAAACGAGACGCAAGGACCUAGAGGAGAAAAUAGUGACUCUUCUGCAAGAGAAGAACGAUCUCGCGCUCCAGAUUCAGUCCGAACAGGACACGCUAACGGACGCCGAAGAACGCUGCGAACAGCUCAUAAAGAGCAAGAUUCAACAGGAGGCGAAGCUGAAGGAAUUGACGGAGAGACUGGAAGACGAAGAGGAACUAAACGCCGACUUAACCGCAAAGAAACGGAAGCUGGAAGACGAAUGCUCCGAGUUGAAGAAAGACAUAGACGAUCUGGAGCUAACGCUGGCUAAAGUCGAGAAAGAGAAACACGCGACGGAGAAUAAAGUGAAAAACCUAACGGAAGAAAUGGCCUCCCAGGACGAAAACAUCAUGAAGCUAACGAGAGAGAAGAAGGCCCUACAGGAGGCCCACCAGCAAACGCUGGACGAUCUGCAGAGCGAAGAAGACAAAGCCAACAGUCUCGCAAAAGCCAAGGUCAAGCUAGAGCAGCAGCUGGACGAUCUGGAAGGAUCGCUGGAGCAAGAGAAGAAAGUCCGCAUGGAUCUGGAGCGCUCCAAGAGGAGGUUCGAGGGCGACCUGAAGCUGACCCAGGAGAGUCUGAUGGACUUGGAGAACGACAAACAGCAGCUGGAGGAGAAGCUGAAGAAGAAGGAUUUCGAGAUCGCCAGCGUGAGUUCGAGACUGGAAGACGAGCAGGUGGCCGCGGCACAGCUGCAGAAGAAGCUGAAGGAAAACCAGGCACGGAUCGAAGAGCUGGAGGAGGAGCUGGACGCCGAGCGGGCCGCGAGGGCCAAAGUGGAGAAGCAGCGCUGCGAUCUCUCCCGGGAACUCGAGGAUAUCAGCGAGAGGCUGGAGGAGGCCGGAGGAGCGACAUCGGCACAGGUGGAGCUGAAUAAGAAGCGAGAUGCUGAGUUCCAGAAGCUGCGCCGAGAGCUGGAGGAAUCGACGCUGCAGCACGAGUCCACGGCCGCCGCGCUGAGGAAGAAGCACGCUGACAGCGUGGCCGAGCUGGGCGAACACAUCGACAACCUGCAGCGCGUCAAACAGAAGCUGGAGAAGGAGAAGAGCGAGCUAAAGCUGGAGUUGGACGACUUGUCUUCGAGCAUGGAGAGCGUGGUGAAGGCGAAGGCCAACGCCGAGAAGACGUGCCGCGCGCUGGAGGACACCAUGAGCGAGUUUAAGAGCCGAUACGAAGAGACCCAGCGCGGGAAUAGCGACCUCACCACGCAGAGGGCCAGGCUGCUCACGGAGAACGCCGAGAUGGGACGCCAGCUGGAGGAGAAGGACAGUCUGAUAUCACAGCUGACCCGCGGGAAGAACUCCUACAACCAGCAGGUGGAAGACCUGCGGCGCCAGCUGGAGGAAGAAGUCAAAGCUAAGAACGCGCUGGCGCACGCCGUGCAGUCGGCGCGCCACGACUGCGACCUCCUCCGCGAGCAGUUCGAAGAGGAACAGGAAGGAAAGGCCGAGCUGCAGCGCGCGCUCUCCAAAUCCAACACCGAGGUGGCCGCCUGGCGCUCCAAAUACGAAACGGACGGCAUCCAGAAAACGGAAGAACUGGAGGAGGCCAAGAAGAAGCUGGUGCAGAGGCUGCAGGACGCCGAGGAGGCCGUGGAGGCGGCCAACGCCAAGUGCUCGUCCCUGGAGAAGACCAAGCACCGUCUGCAGAACGAGAUAGAAGACCUGAUGCUGGACCUGGAGCGGUCCAACGCAGCCGCCGCGGCGCUGGACAAGAAGCAGCGCGCGUUCGAUAAAGUGACAGCCGAGUGGAAGCAGAAGUUUGAGGAGUCCCAGUGCGAGCUGGAGGCGUCCCAGAAGGAGGCGCGCUCCCUGAGCACGGAGCUGUUCCGGCUGAAGAACGCCUACGAGGAGGCCCUGGACCAGCUGGACACCAUGAAGAGGGAGAACAAGAACCUGCAGGACGAGAUCUCAGACCUCAGCCAGCAGCUGGGCGAGGGAGGCCGCAGCGCCCACGAGCUCGAGAAGAUCCGGAAAAACCUGGAGCAAGAGAAGGCCGCGCUGCAGGCCGCGCUGGAGGAGGCCGAAGGAUCCCUGGAGCACGAGGAGGGUAAGAUCCUGCGCGCCCAGCUGGAGUUCAACCAAUCGCAGGCCGAGCUGGAGCGAAAGCUGUCGGAGCGAGACGAGGAGGCGGAGACGGCGAGGAGGAACUACCAGCGCUCGCUGGACGCUCUGCAGGCAUCUCUGGAGGCUGAAACACGAAGCCGAAACGAGGCGCUCAGGGUCAAGAAGAAGAUGGAGGGAGACCUCAACGAGAUGGAGAUACAGCUCGCCAAGGCCAACCGGCAGGCAGCCGAUGCCCAGAAGCAGCUCAAGACCCUUCAGGCGUUCCUUAAGGACUCUCAGCUGCAGCUCGACCAAUCACAGCGCGACAGCGAUGACCUGAGAGAGAACAUUGGUCUGCUGGAGCGGAGGAACAACCUGCUGCAGGCCGAGCUGGAGGAGGUCCGCGCAGCGCUGGAACAGACCGAGAGGAGCCGAAAACUCGCCGAACACGAAGUCACCGAAGCCACAGAGCGUACGCAGCUGCUGCACGCUCAGAACACCGGUCUGAUUAACCAGAAGAAGAAGCUGGAGGCUGACAUCAUGAUGCUGCAGAGUGAGGUGGAGGAGGCUGUACAGGUACACACACAGAGACACACACACACAUAUUUUUUUUUGACCAUCUCGGGGGACCUGCAGCACCGAUUGGACGAGGCCGAGCAGAUCGCCAUGAAGGGCGGGAGGAAGCAGCUGCAGAAGCUGGAGGGACGAAUCAGAGAGCUGGAGAACGAGGUGGAGGCGGAGCAACGCCGCGGGGCCGAGGCUGUGAAGGGCGUCCGCAAGUAUGAGCGCCGUAUCAAGGAGCUGAGCUACCAGACGGAGGAGGACAGGAAGAACCUGGCUCGCCUGCAGGACCUGGUGGACAAGCUGCAGCUGAAGGUCAAGUCCUACAAACACGCCGCCGAGGAGGCCGAGGAGGCCGCCAACGGCCACGUGGCCAAACUCCGCAAGCUGCAGCACGAGCUGGAGGAGGCCGAGGAGAGGGCCGACAUCGCCGAGUCACAGGUGAACAAGCUGAGGGCGAAGACCAGGGAUGGAUCCUCCAAGAAAGGCCUGGAGGAGUGAGGAGAGGAAGCAAGCGAGCAAGGAAGCAUCUUUCUAUGUCCAAAACCCCAAAAUAUAUGCUGUUUAAAAGCAGGAAAUCUCCACGUUUGAGAGGCUGAAAUCUGUAUUUUCUGACAGUUUAUAUAUAUAUAUAUAUAUAUAUAUAUAUAUAUAUAUAUAUAUAUAUA